AUGCAAAGAGACUUGCCAUUUUAUUUGGGGUAUGGAGCAGGGACACUUGCAAGGAAAGCAGGAGGUCUUCCUCUGAUGCUGUGUCAAGCAAACCUCUUCCAACAUCCCCUGUCUGUCUUUCAAGGGGUUGGAGAAGGCUACAGCAGGGUGGGAACUCAAGACAGUAUAAUGAUCAGAGUGCCUGACCUGACUGUCCUGGUGCACCUCAUCGACAUGACGGGACCCUUGGCAAUCACAUCUGCUAAUCCUAGUGGAGAGGCUGACAGCACCCAUCACGACAUGGUCAUCUCGCGUCUUGGCCAUAAGCUGGAGGGUGUUCUCUGUGAUGGAGAUUCUGAUGAGGUGGUGGCAUCAACUGUGGUCAACUGCACAAAGAUUGAUGAAAGUGGCAUCACCAUCAUAAGAGAAGGCUGCAUACCUGCAGGCAAGGUGAUGCAGAUAUUUGAAAGAGUGAAGAACAGAGUGGUCUGAAACUGAAGAAAACCUUUCCAAGUAAAAGAACAGCAUCUGCUCUCACAAAAAGACAUGAGGCAACACCUAUGUCCUGCUGGAGCACUUGGCCUCAUGAAAGCCAUACCUUCUCUAAUCAAGCACUUACCUCCUUGGGAAACAGCAGCACUUUCUCACCCAGGGAGCACUUUCUCUCCUGGGAGCCUUUUGCGGCUUUUAUUGUUUAUCUCCAGUAAGUGCCUGAAACCGCCGGGAAAGCUGCCCACAGAGUGCCAGCAGGAUCAGGAGCUGAUGCUUUAUUGCAGGAAUUCCCUGAGUGCCCGUGUUUCCUAAGUGCCUCGAACUGUGGACUCCAUGCCUGCUUUUAUACAACCUUCCACACACAACACUCAGAUCUGUGUAUUUUAAACAGCUAAGUUUCACUAAAUAAAUCCACUUUUUGGAACAUAAGGAAAAGGCUUUGAGUUUCAUUUGAUUUCCACCAAGCUAUUCAUCCUCCAAAAAUCACAAGGCUCCACGGCUAAGCCCUAGGGGAAGGAAUAAAUA